ACCAACAGAAGCAGCAGCAUCUGCCGGACAGAGACGCCAAAUCGGCCCAGCAGCUCCGGUCACCAGAGAGCCACCUUCAUCAUCACCUUCAUCAUCCUCCUGUAGAGGCUCUCUGAUUGGUCGCCUCCAACAUGCUCCGCCUCCUGCUCCUCUUCCUCUCUGCUGCCAUGUUGCUGCCAGGAGCUGCUGGACAGUUUAAAGUAUUUACUAAUAACACAGAGGUGGACAUCAGCUCAUGCCCCAUCACGUACUUUGGACAGAAAUACGAACAACUUUAUCUGAACUUCACCAGUGAGAACUUUGUUCUCUGUUUCACCGGCUUUUAUGAGCCUCAGGGCAGAGGAGACUGCUUGGUGAUGCCUCAAACAGACAACGCACAGUUUUUACUUCAAAGUAUGCCUGCCGGUUCUGAUCAAGACUUCCUCCAGAAUCUGCCAAGCAUUAAGAACACUGGGGAGUGCUACAUGACCUUUCUGAUCUCUGCAUACACUUUUCUUCUACUAAACUAUGGAUCACAAAGUGCUUUUAUGAAUGUAGACCAACCAGUGUUCCCUGAUUUUCUGGUGGAUGGAAACAAAGUUUUCCCUCCGAGUGUUGCAAACCAGCAAACCUACGCAGAUCUGAGCGGCUGCAGGUCAUCAGGUGUUCUGUUCAGACCUGGAGACGUCAGCUCUGAUCCAAUAACCUGCAGGACUCUCACCUGUUCUCAGUCUGCAGUCCUCCAGAAUACCAGCUAUGGGCCCACGGAGCGUUGUCAAGGCAACGGCGUCUGCUCCUCUGCCUCCUCGUUGGGCUCCGUCUGCACGGUGACGGGUCCGGCUGUGGUGGACUUCCAGGGCCAGCAGAACUCUGUGAAGGACCGGUGCUGGUACUCUCUGCUGAGGAUCCCAUCAGGCCCAGACUUCCAGGUUCUGGCCCACUUCCAGGAGCGGCGCCGUAAAGACGUGAGCUUCCUGGACGGCGUGACGCUGCGACUGAACGGGUUCACAUCGGCCGUUGACAUCCAGCUGAAACAAGGAGGCAGAGUUCUGCUGAACGGCUCGCCGCUGACCCUCAGCGGCUCGGUUCAGACGGGUCACGGUGUGAAGCUCUCCAAGGACCAAACUGGAGUCACUGUCCAGGCGUCCCUGUCCAACUUCUCUGCUUCUGUCUUCUUUGACGGCUCCACGGCUCAGAUCCACCUGAAAGGUUCUAAUGGACUGCCUCUGCAGGGUCUGUGUGGAAACGCCAGCAGGUCUCUGAGUGAAGAGCGGCUCUCUGAGGACGGCUCCACCAGCUGUGAGGCGCAGUACACCGACGCUACUGACACAACCACCAGCUGCACCAAGAUGGCUGAACGCUGUAGCCUCCUGAAGGAGGCGCCCUUCUCCUCCUGCGGCGUGGACCCGGAGCCCUACAUGGCCGCCUGCACAGACACUUUGUGCCGCUAUCCGGAUCUGGACGGCCUCAGCUGUCGGUUCCUGGAGGCCUACGCCAGAGCCUGCAGCCUGCAGAGCAGCGCCGCACCGGAGGACUGGAGGUCCAAGGCUCAGUGCUCGCCCCCUGGGGCCGUCUGUCAGGACAGGACCUGCAGCGAUCACGAGUUCUGUGGAGAGAAGACAGCUGGAGGAGAAACUCGCUGCUUCUGUCGGGCCAUUUUUGCCUCCAAGUACAGACAGACGAUCUCUUUGGGUGAUCCGCCGGUCUGCAGGCAGAGCUCUACUUCUCUCUCUCUGGUCGGGUGUCUCCUGGAGGACAAAGGCAUCGACUACUCUGUCUUACAGCUCAAUGAUCCGACCUGCAGAGGUCAGAUGGACCAGCAGACCCACAUGGUGACCUUCAGCUUCAACAGCACCGACCUCUGUGGGACUGAGGUCACGACCAACAACAGCCAAACCAUCUACAAGAACACCAUCAUGACACAGAACCUCUCCUCUGGAGGAAUCACUCGCCAAGACCAGGUCUACAUCGGGUUUUCCUGCGUUGAGACCCAGCCGGACAUACAGACGGUGGCUUUCAGGAUCAAAGACAGCUCUGUGGUUCAGUUCAUCUCAUCCGGACCUUGGAAUUACUCUCUGACCAUGAACGCCUACACCGACGCCCACCGAACUCAAGCUGUGGCCUCAAACACCGAAGUUCGCCUGAACCAGAAGAUCUGGGUGGAGCUGGACGCCGACGGCCUGGAUGAAAGCCUGGUUGCCGUGGUGAUGGACUCCUGCUGGGCGACGGACCAGGAAUCGGCCAGCGCUAGCCGUAAACAUUACCUGAUCGAGAACGGUUGUCCAAACCCUGACGACCAGACGGUGAGCGUGGAGGCAAACGGAAGGGAACCUCCAACUCCUUCUCCUUCAACAUGUUCCAGUUCACUGGGAGCUCAGCUCAGGUCUACCUGCACUGCAAACUGCAGCUCUGCAUCAAACAGGAGAACACCUGCGUCAAGGUGCAGCUUCUCUGAAUCUCACUCAACUUCAGCUUGGUUCUGCAGACCGGGCUUCUCUGCUGGAGAGAGAAAUAUGGAGAUUUAAUUCAUGACUCACUGG